CCGAAGCCCGCCGAUGCAUUUGCAUGGCGCUCACUUGACGCAGAUCGAAACCUAAUUGCCAGUCACUGGGGCGUGUGCUCCUGUCCGAGGUGUCUGGCAAAGGGAGUCAGCCACCGCAUUUUGAAGACCUCAUACCUACUGUCAACACACCCCUCAACUGUACACAAAACAAGUUCAUUUAGCCAUCGUCGGAGUGCGGCAGGGGGGCAAGCGCCUUAAAAGCAGUGGUGUCAUUGGAUUUUUUUCCACAUUCAUUUGAAAAAUGACUACCUCCUCGCACUUCCAAGACAAUCAGCAGGACAAAGGCAUCACGCCGGCCACCUCGUAUGUUCCUAUACGCAUCCAAUAUCCGCCGGGCGGCCGGGAGUCACUCCCGGACGAAAUACGGGACCUGGUCAUCGACGACUUUUUCACGGCUCCCGGAGACUCCGGCGCCCCUCACGACGUGAAGCCCGUCUGGUUCGACGAGAAGCUCUUCCUGGAAGGACAGCGCUGUGCCCGCCGCAACUUCCUUGGUGUAACUGUGGCCAGCUUACUGGGCAUCUUCCUCGAGUACAGCUUUGCUGAUGGAAUGGAUCCGCUCAUCUCUACUUCAAAAUCCGACACCCCUGAGACUGCAGGUAGCCGUUACUUGAACACUAUCUCCAAGUUUCUCUCGUGGUACUCGUCGGACCCGUUCGACCCUCAGUCUCGUGCCUACAAGAGCCUCCUGGGUGUUCGACGCGCGCACGCAAGGGUCAGAAAAGACCUCGCCAAGAUUUCACCAGAGGAACGCGACGCAAAGUUCACCAUCGGGAAAGGCCAGCCCGUGGACCUGCUCUGCUCGAAUACGCACCUCAUCAAGCAGUCCUUCAAGUCGAUCUCGAGCGGCACGCUGUCGUGCCCAGUCGUCAGCAAAGUCGGCCCGGUCGAGGGAGAGGUGUCCUGGGAAUGGGACCGCAUCCGGCGGGCGUACCUGACCCAGGGCGAGAUGAUGGUGACGCAGUGGGCGAUCCUUGCCCCCUUCAUAAUGAAGCCCGAGCUGUUCGCCGCGCCCUACGUGACACCCAGAGAGCUCGAGGCAUUUUCGCACAUGUGGGCGGUAUUCGGCUACUGCUUGGGCAUUGAGGAUCGGUUCAACUGCGCUCUGGGGGACCUGAAGACUGUUCAGAAACGAUCUGAACUAAUCCUGCGGUUUAUGGUUGUCCCACACCUCCGCACUAUGGACGCGAAGAGCGUUACUCACUGGGAGCACAUGAUAACAUGCAUCACCGAAGGCCUCACGGAGCACAUACCUGCUCCCUCCUUCAGGGCCAGCCUAGCCUACCUGACCGAAGAUAUGCUGGGACAGAAAACUAACCUAAGCAAGACCCUCGCCUGGUCGGACACCCUACAGCUGUGGGCCAUGCGUCUGUUGUUGCGCUACUUGCCGCUCUGUGCGACGUCCUAUUCGACCGCCAUAAGUCGCGCAGCCACCUAUCUGGUGUGCCGCAGUGCAGUCCGGGGUGGAAAAUGAUAGAAUCGAGCGAUUACCGCCAUCAACUAGAGAUUGAAAGUCCAGUACUCGUCAAACUGAACAGUGUACAUAGUUGACUCUCAUUAGACCUUAAAGUUGACGCAACGUCUGCUACACUAGACAAGCAAGCUGUUAGAAAGAGUUGGUAUGUAUAUACUUAAUGUUCUGUACAAUUUUUAACCAGACAUAGCAGUUUCUUGUGCGGAUGAACAUUUAUACAAUUUUCGUACGAAAAACUGCACGUAAUUUUGUACGAAGUCGAAUGUACACAUUGGUACGGACGUCGUGUUCAAAGUUUUAACUAGAACAUUUAGUGCAUACAUCCUGGCGCCACCUUGCCACUUAAACAGUCAACCAUGUACGUACACUCCUCAGUUUCCAGAGUAUUACUACUCAUAAGGUUACUAAGUACUAUUGUCACUCAGCGUAGGCUACCGAGCGAGGCUGAGAUUCCGGUAAUUUUUGGGAGUAGAAAAACAAAACAAACUGUUCUAAAUAUUUACAUUCCACCACAACGUGCUUAUUCGUUGCUGGAUUUAAAAAAAUGUGUUUACUUCAUUUACAUGUUUCCCCGCCGCGUGGGGCUCUUCGGUCCAACCCUGCCUACCAGCCUCUGAAUCAGGUUGGAACAUUGUCUUAUUCAUUGUUUUACUUCCAUAGUCAAAUUGUAACAGUAUUGUCUCAGUUUUUAAAUUGAUAUUUGGGUUUCAAAUAAAAAAUCAGCUAGCGUA